AUGAAUUUCAACGGGGCACAGUGGAAGGACCUGUGUGUGGGAGACGUACUACGGAUCCACAAAGACCAAGUCAUCCCUGCUGAUCUUCUCCUCCUGUGCAGUUCAGAGCCUCACAGUUUGUGUUAUGUGGAGACAGCGGACAUCGAUGGAGAGACCAACCUCAAGUAUCGGCAGGCUCUCAGUGUUACACAUGCUGAGCUGACCUCUCACCCCUCAGAGGAGACCCUCGCUGCCUUUGAUGGUGUUGUGCUCUGUGAGGAACCCAACAAUCGCCUGUACACCUUCAGAGGCCAGCUGCACUGGAGAGGAGAGAGUCAUCUGCUGGACAACGAGCACAUCCUCCUGAGGGGAACAGUCCUACGCAACACAGAGUUUGCUUAUGGCUUGACCUUAUACACUGGCGUGGACACUAAGAUCCUGAGGAACUGCGGGAAACUGAGAGUGAAGACGACGCGAACGGAAAAAGUUUUCAACAGAGUGGUGAUCGGGAUUUUGGAUCUCCAGAUAGUCCUGUCCGUGCUGCUGACAGCUCUGCUUCUUGCCAUCGGCAGCGGCGUGUUUUCGAGUCAGGUCAUGAGCCAGACAGGGGUUCUGUCAGCUCUUGUGGUUAACGGCAAUCCAGUCUACACCGGGUUCCUCAUCUUCUGGAGCUACAUCAUCUUGCUCAGCCCGGCCAUGCCAAUAGCCCUCUACAUCUCGUUUGAGGUGAUCCACACGAUCCAUAGCCUGUUUAUUGGCUGGGAUAUAGAGAUGUAUUGGCAGCAGGCAGACAGACCGGCCCAGGCCAGGAAUACCUCAUUGACUGAGGAGCUUGGCCAAGUGGGAUACCUGCUGAGUGACAAAACUGGGACACUAACUCAGAACCGUUUGCUCUUCAGACAGUGCUGCAUCGCUGGGGAGAUCUAUGGUGAUGCAUCAGUCAGGGCAGAGGACGUGGAGCCCAUGGACUUAAGCUGGAAUAUGUUCUCCUGCGGUGGUCUGUUCAUGUCGGCUCCCAGCCUGGUGGAGAAACUCAGAGGACAGCAGUGUCCGUUCAGCAGACAUUUCCUCAGAGCACUCUCUUUGUGUCACACUGUCAUGGCAGAGUGGAAGGAAGAGGCUCCAGUUUACCAGGCUGCAUCCCCAGAUGAGGAGGCUCUUGUUGGUGCAGCCAGGGAGCUGGGCUGGGUCUUCCUGACAAGGACAAGAGACUUCAUCAUCGUCUCUGAGCUGGGUGUUACGCGACAAUAUCAGCUACUGGCACUGCUUGACUUUACCAGCAAGAGGAGACGCAUGUCUGUAUUGGUUCGGGAGCCAGAGGGUGGGUUAAAGCUGUACUGUAAAGGGGCGGACAUAGUGAUCCUGGAGAGACUGCAGAGGGACUGUGCAUAUCAGGAAAGGACAGAAAGAUCCCUUGAGCUGUUUGCUCAGGCUUGUCUGAGGACUUUGUGUGUUGCGGUUCGAUCUGUCCCUGAGGCAUCAUGGGAGCAGUGGAGUAAAACUCUGGCCCAGUCUGCUGCCAUGGCGACCUGUGACCGUGAUGCACUGCUGGAAAAGUUAUAUGACCAGAUGGAGAGAGAGCUGCAGCUUCUGGGGGUGACGGCUAUAGAGGACAGGCUUCAGGAGGGCGUUCCUGAGACUAUUUCUCUGCUUCAACAGGCUGGGCUUAAAGUAUGGGUACUGACUGGGGACAAAAAAGAGACUGCAGUGAAUAUUGGAUAUUCUUGCAAACUACUGGAUCCUGAUACCAGAUUACUGGAAUGGCAGGAGCUGAGACAGAUACUCCAGGCCCCAGACCCAGGGGUCAGUUUCUUCAAGGCCAGACAGACAGAGCUGUGGGCGGUAGACAUGGAGACGGCUAGAGCAAAGACUGCUGUGGUCCUCACUGGACCUGAGCUGGAAGAGUUUGAUCAGAGACCAGAAUGGGGCGCCACGUUCAUGAGCCUGGCAGAGCAGUGUCAGUCGGUGCUGUGCUGCCGUGUAACACCCGGACAGAAGGCUGACAUCGUCACGUUGGUCAGAAAGCACACCAGCUCAGUCACCAUGUCCAUCGGGGACGGUGCCAAUGAUGUAAACAUGAUCAAGACGGCUCAUGUUGGUGUUGGAGUGGCAGGAGUGGAAGGAGGUCAGGCAGUGCAGAAUGCAGACUUUGCAUUGUCCCAGUUCAGGUUUCUGCAGAGGCUGCUACUGAUCCACGGGCGCUGGUCAUACAGGCGCAUUUCCCUCUUUCUGCGCUACUUCCUGUUUAAGACCUGUGGCUUUGCUCUGGUGCACAUAUGGUUUAGUUUCUUCAAUGGCUUCAGUGCUCAGUCUAUGUAUGAGACAUGGUUCAUCGCUUUCUACACAGUCUUCUACACAGCGUCCCCUGUUAUUUGUUUUGCCUUCUUUGAACAGGAUGUGUGUGCAGAAAGCAGCCUGAAGGGGCCGGAGCUGUACAAGUCUGGACAGAGACAGGAGCUCUCCAGCCCUCUGAUGCUUUCCUUGUCGCUCCUGUAUGCUGUCUACACUUCGCUCGUUCUCUUCUUCAUCCCGUUAGGAGUUUUCUACAACACAGCUUUUGACCUCCAGACAAUGGCAGUCACUGUCUCCAUGGCCGCCACAUUUAUUGCCACAAUUGAGAUUAUGCUGCUGACCAGAUACUGGACGAAGUUCAAUAUCGCAGCUGUGUGUGUCUCUCUGCUGCUGUUCUUCAUCUUUACAAGGAUCACCCACAACAACCGCCUGUUUCAGAGAUCACCCAGCGACUACAACUUUAUUGGCGUGUCUGAUAAGGCCUUCAUCGAUCCAGUUGUGUGGCUCACAGCUCUGCUCACAGCCUGGACAGCCGUUUUGCCCUCAGUGACCACUCAUGCCCUCAAUGUCAUCCUCACCGUCCAUGACAAACACAAGGUCCACUGCGUGUCCCAGCAAACCGUGGAGCUGAGGUCAAAGUUCAGAAGAGGGACGUGUGUCCGCCGUUCCUCUUAUGCCCUCUCUCAGGGAGCCGGGGCCGGACGUCUGAUCACCUCUGGGACCUGCAUCCGCAGCACAGCACCGCCGGUGGAUGAGAAGGUGACUGCGAGUAAUAACCCCCUUGACUUACAGGGCCAAAUUCACAUGAAGUACAAUAAUAAAAACCUGAAUGGCACAUGACGGAGUUUUUAAUGGGAAAAUGUGUGAAUAUAUAGAUCAUUUCUGCAACACAGAAUCAAAAAGGCAACUUGUUAUAUUUUCUGUAUUUUUUCUGUUUUUGCAUUUCUUAGUGGAGCCAGUACAUUGUAUGGCUACUAUUUUCCAAUUAAAGAAAAUAAUGUAAUAUACAAAAUAUAUUAUGUACCAUAAAUCUAGUUUAUUACUUUUACAUAGACAGUUUACCUCCGUAUAAACAUCUCUCCUCUUUGUUGUAUAAGACUGUUGUGGUAAAAAAUCAAAUUUCUAUCUGCUGGGGUCACAGGGGGAUUCCCUUUAAAGAUCAAACCAAACACAAUAAACUGACAGCACCGCUUUGUUUUACAAUUGUUUUAUUUGUUAAUUUAUUUCAAAACACGCAAUUUUACCCAUAUUAUCCUUUUAAGUUUUUAUUUUUCUGUAACAGUUAUUACUCAGAUUUUUUUCCUUCUCAAAAGUCUCAACUAGAGUGAAACUAAAAGUCCUCCACAGGCUCUCCGGCUUCUGCAGUGGGAGGAGGGAAAAGAGGUUUUCUGACCAGACGCCGUGAGUGGGUUUAUCUCUCGUGUGGGUGUGGGUGGCGGUGUGUGAGCGUGUGUGUCAGAUUAUGUGUAUGUUAUAUGUGUGUUUAAGUGCAAUAGGUGGAAUGUCCACAUGGCCGGUGAAUCACAGGACCCGUAGAGCAGCCCGGAGAGCUAAACAUUGUCUUCUAGGUUUGGUAGCCAGAUUGUCAUACCUCUGAUUUCAUCUUUGGUUUCAGCGAACACUCUCAAAAGGCAGACUCACCCUCUCCAGCAUGUGCCUGUGUCUGUUUGUGUGUCUGUCUGUCUGUCCGAGUGCAAUAUAAGCCACCAUCUCCAGACGACUUUGUAAACUUAAGUACAAUGUAAGAGUCUUUGCAUUGAUUGUGGCCCUUCCUUGGCUCUGGGGACAAAGACAGUCAAACAUUGUAGAACAAUGGAGCCAUGAACGGGGAGGAUCAGCUUGCAAACGUCAACAUGGACUCCAUUUUGAUGUCAGUGGCAGUUUGGGGCGUUCAUGUAAAGCAGUACGACAUCAGUCUAGUGAAACAUGGGCUGCUGUAGUGCUCCCCAUUCCCCAGCCACUCUCGACUGUACCCUGAGUGACUGGGGUUUCUGUGCCUGCGCUGGGCUUAUGGGGGGGGGGGGGGGCAGGGGAAGGGGUCAUGGAGGUUAAAAUAUGAGUGUCUAAAGGUCGAGGGGAAGUGUGGGGGUUGAGGGUUGUACACUCUGACCCAGCAGCAACGAUUAAGAUUGGGGGGGUCAGGUGUUUGCAUAGUUCUCUGUGCAAAAGCCACCAACCGGAGCCAUUUUUAUUCCUCGCGGCUGGUUACAUCAUCAUUAGAUUAGCAGGAAAUCAUGGCAGGUGAUGGGAAAUAUGGUCUUUGCACCACAGCUCUUUUUCUUUUUGGUACUCCUGCAUUGCACUACGAGUGGCAGGAGGGUGAAAAGUGACAGGGGAUGAGGAGGGAGUGAAUUUAAAAGGUCUAAUGAGUUUUAUUUUCGGAGUGUCAUGUAUCACAUCGAGCUUGAACUUUGCAGUCAGAUCUGGCUGUGAUGGAGUGGAAGAUGGAUGUGUCGGAGUGACGGGUGGCGGGGCGGGGCAGUCAUUUGGCAGUCGGGCACUACAGCGCGUCACAAUUCAGACAACCUCUUUUCCCUUGAUUUUGUUCUAACAUCCUGCUCUUCCUCCUUCCCACUGGCCUGCACCUCUCUCUACCUUUUUUCUUGUUUUGAAACUGAUUGUCUUCUACCAUCACAAAGACACUUGGUUCUGAUUGAUUAACAGGUAACAGAAGAGGGAGAGCACAGUGUGACUGGGGGUGUCUACAUCAGCCCCACUGGCAACCUAUUUGAUCCCACAGUGAAACGACACACACACAUGCUGUUUGACAGCAAACGCUGACGACAUUUCUGGUGGGAUGAUCAGUUGCCAAGUGUUACUGUGGUUGGUUGGUCGGUCAGUCAGUAAGAAAUGGUUUCAAAUCUUCGCAUGACAAAUAUUGCAACCCAUAGUAAAGGAACAUAAAAAAGAAAACACUUUGUCUUCCACGUAGGUACAAAUGAACACACAUACACAGAUUGAAGAAAAGCAUGUAGACAAACAUACAGGUAUAUUCAAGGCCGCUCGGGCCUGUGUGUGUCCCUCUGAUUAACUCCAAGUAAACAGCCUGUCUUUGGAAAAGCAAGACACACAUUUCAGGACCCGAGUGAGGACCACAAGCUGAGGAAUGAAGAUUGAAUGCUAUUGAUUGGGAGGAGAGGAGUUUGACCUCCCCCAGCACACACUGCCCCCUACUGUCUGGAUUUAUAUACAUCAAAGAAACAUGGGGAAAGGGGAAGGGUUGCAACAACACAUGCACACAACCAGUGAAUCCAACAGUGACGGAAAAUCUAAAAACAAGGACCCUUCCAACGCCUAAACCCAAAUCCUCCCGCCUUUUUUUGUUUUGUUUUGAUAACCAAAAUAUCCCCCACCCUUUCUCCACCCACUCCCAAGUCUUUCCAUCCUCCUCCUCCUCUCCCCACAAAAUCACAGGUCAUUCCUGUUGGUUUCUAUACAGUUAUACAAUAUCCAUGCACAAAAGAAAAAAGCGCACCUUCUUUUCAAUAGGAGGUGCUGGUCUUUAAUAUUCUAAGAACAUCAGGAGCACUUGAACACACCCAGGAACCUUCGAAAGUAACUGUGAAAUUGUUUUUUUUUUUUUCAGAGAAAAGACAACUUAAAGGCAGAAGAAAGCUAACAAUGAGUAAAAGGUUAUUCCUCCUUUGGUUUAACAUCAAAUUUUUUGGUUUAAAAUUCAGCCCAAAUCAUAUUUUUGUCAUUUCUUUUUCUUUUCUUUUUUUUUUUUUUUUUUUCCUUUAAAUGUACCUGCCUAUGAAAGAGCUUUGAACUAAACAUCUAAAGUGAGUAGCUCUUGCCCCUCUCUCUCUAUUCUAGCCUUCUCUUCUGUCUCUUCUUUUCUCAUGUUACCCUCCACAGAAACAUUCACAAUGUCUUUUCCUUUAUGAAAACAGUAAGUACAUGCCGUAGCAAAAACAAACAAAGAGAACGUACGAGAAAAAUGAGCAAACAAAUAAAAGGAAUUUAACAGUAUAAAGCUUCAAGUCACAAGUUCCAAAACUAACUAUCAUAGUAUCAUAGUUUCAUAAUCAUUGUUAUCAUUAUCAGUAUUAUUUUCAGUUUAAAUUACAUAAAGUUUACAUGAAAGGUUUUUGAGGUAUUUCAGAAUUAAUUGUCAACACACGCCUACCGAGUCUUAGCACUAGCCAGGGGGAGAGGUCGACUGGACAGACAAGGUGGAGGGAGGAGAGAUUUUUGUGUCUAUAAACUGUCAGUGAGUCUUCCACACUUCUCUAGUGCAGCCUCUGUGCUUGCACGCAGUGGAGAGAGAGAGAGAGAGAGAGAUAGAGAGACAUUUAGUGGUAAGAUUUCAUAACUACAGCCCUCCGAGCGCUUAGAGCCUCUGCCUUUUUACUUCCCUCUUUCUCUGUUACACAAAAAUAUCUCUGAUGUGAGAGAGGUAAAGUGGCUGAGAGUAGAAGCGCACGGGGCAGAGGAAAAAAAAAAAAAGAAGAAACACAAAAAUGCUGUGAGCUACUAGAAGAAGAUCAACGAUACAGAAACAAAGACUGACAGAUUAAAGAGUAACAUAUAAUUUUGUUUCAAAUAAAUAGUGUAUAGAAAAUGUUUUAUAGACUUUCUACAUGAUAAAGUGCUUGUAUUCUAGUGUAUCAAGAUGGAAAGUCAAUAUGGGAGAAAAUGCUGACACAGCCCCCACUCUGCGUCCCUCUCUUUGGCCCCCCUUUCUGUCCAUCCAAUUAUGGGUGCAUUGUCUGUGUGAGUGCAUGUUUGUAAAUGGGUGUGCAGCUUUAUGCAUUCACCCUCCUGGCUGUGUGUGUUUGUGUGUGUGUGUGUGUGUGUGUGUGUGUGUGUGUGUGUGUGUGUGUGUGUGUGUGUGUGUGUGUGUGUGUGUGUGUGUGUGUGUGUGUGUGUGUGUGUGUGUGUGUAUGUGUGUGUAUGUGUGUGUAUGUGUGUGUGUGUCCAGUGCAGUCCCACCCGUGGUUGAAGGGAAAAGGCACUCAACUCUGUCUGCAAGGCAGCCACCUCCUCCUAUGUGGCACGAUGCAGUCUGACUGCGCUGUUAGUACGAACAUGUUUGUAUGUAUGUAUGUGUUUGUGUGUUUGUAUGUAUGUGUGUGUCUGUCUGUCUGUAACAGUUCUGGGCAAAGAGGGGGGUUCUUUUUUUUUUUUCUAUUUUCUUUUUGUCCCCCUAGGCAGUUUGGGACCGGUAGGCUGCAGUAUCUUUGGUAUUAGUGGCGGUUUCACAAACCACUCAGCUUAGUGAGGUAGCCACAUUGGUUCUCACUACAAACAAAUGCCAUUUUGUCAGCCUAAUACCUAGAGCUGAAUCUAGCUAUUUACCUAUGCUCACUGAACUGUAUACCACAAAUCAAUUUUAGCUCUUCUUCCUUUGGCGACCUUAACUCACUGCUUACAGCAACGUGAAGUUAGUCGGUACCUCCCGAUCAACUCCUCGACAAUGACCAUCUCUUAUCUAAUCUGCACCGCUAAUCUAACUACAUUGUUGGAAAUGCUACAGUUGCAUCUUAAGACCAUACAGAUAACUAUUGAGUCCCGAGCUUUAACCCCCACCCACCCUCCAAUGAAACACACUGAAUCAGCCAGGACGUUUGGAGGUCAUUGUUUUGUCCCCCUCCGUUUUACCCCAUUCUUGGGGCUCAGCUUAAAGGGGGCUGAGAGUACCACAGUUCUGACAUGAAAUGCCAAAAGAGAGAAAGCGUCCAUCAUUUAUUCUUCUCUUCAGCAGCUCCCUGUUUUUCUUUUUUUUUCCUCUUUCUCAUGGUAAAUGUCUCCUCCGAGUCUAUAUUCACAUAGAAUGCAAAAAAAAAUACGUCCUUCAUUGGCAUCGGUCCUUGCAUCCCUCUUUUUUUUCCUUUUAAAAAGUCCUUCCUUUUUUGUUUUUGAUUUAUCAACAAGGUGCCUUACUUACGCACAACAGAGCACAAUAGUAACAAGAAAUAGAAACUUUGUGUCUAUGGUACUAAUUGAAUACCCGCAUCAAUAUAGAGAGGAAGAGAGAAAGAGAGGGGGGCAAUGGGGUUAGAGGGAAGAGGAGGUAGAGAACCAAAGAUAGAAUGAGAGAUUUUUUUCUUCUGCUUCAAAAUGUGUCCAGUUAUGUGUUGGAGACAUUUUCUUUUUGUUUGUAACACAUACUGUGUGUGUGUGUGUGUGUGUGUGUGUGUGUGUGUGUGUGUGUGUGUGUGUGUGUGUGUGUGUGUGUGUGUGUGUGUGUGUGUGUGUGUGUGUGUG